AUGAAUGUGGUCGAAAGUGAUGAGGAUUACAUUAUUUCAAGGGCCAAAGAGGCACAAAAGUCUAACAUACAUUCUGCUAAAGCGUGGAUGCUUACGGCAAAAACAUUAUUUCCAACGAACUUUAAAAUCCAGUUUGAAGCAUAUGUAAUGGAAAAACAAUCAGGAAAUGUCCAAGAAGCAGCCGAAUGUUUUAGUUCAUUAAUGAUGUCAAGACAAAAUCUUCCCGAUUUAUUACCAGAGAUACAAUCGAUAGCUAAUUCUCUUAAGUCCAUUGAACCUAGCUUCUUGAGUCAGAUGUUUGAUUUUAUAAGCCCAGAUAUGCAAUUGACGAUUCUUAAAACAAGCGUUGAAAACAGUGAUGAUACUAUGGAACAUUGCCGAUUGUUAGUUCUUCUACUUAAGAAAUUUCCACAAUUAGGUGUGGAUAGUCUUGUAAAAACAUUAAUUAAUGCAGAAAAAUUCUUUUAUGAUAAUAGAUAUGCACGUUUGUUAGUUGUAGAAACUUUACCUCUUCUUAGUUCAUUGGAAUCUCCGAGGUUAUUACAACGUCUUUUAGUUAAAGCUAUAGAUUUCUACAAUUCUUAUAUGUAUGAUGAAACUGAAAAUGAUAUCUCAGACCCUUGGCAAAGGCUUUAUGGUGUCUUGGAUUUAUUGGGGAGGCAGCUUGGUUGGGAUACAUAUUUAGUUAAUUAUAGUAAUAGUUUAAAUAAAGAAUCAUACUUUCAGAAACUAAUGAGUCUAAGAACGUGUGAAGAUUGUCGUCAAUUGUUGUAUUGUGGUACAACAUUUUUUUUGAGGUCUCUGUAUGAACAAAAGUCAUUGAAAGGCAAUCAUAUUCUUGUUGAAGCAUUAUCUGACCCAGAUCAACCACCAUCAAAGAGGAGAAAGGGGGAAAUUGAAGUUACAGGAAUAUCAGCAGCUCAAUUUCAAGCAGCUGCAAAUUGCUGGGAACUAUUACAUAGCAAUGAAGUAAUAGCAAGAGAGUUUAUGAAGUUAGUUACUCAGCUUCAAGUAAAACCAUGGACUGAGGGCUUUACUGAAGAAAUUGCCCUUUUUAGGGGAAGAUAUGAAGACACUACUCCUCCUGCAACUGCCACUAAUUUAACUGCUAAUAUUAUAAGAGCAUCUAUUAAUUUUGCCCAGAAAAAGUUUCAAGCAUGUAUUGAAGCAAUUUUAGCUGCUAUACCACAGUUGCCAGCUGCAGAAGGUGUUCUAGAAUCAGACCUUAUUGUUGGUGGUAAACACAGGCAUUUACACUUUUUACCUUUAACAAAAGUUGCUAUAAUGCAUUAUUUUUGUACUUUGCUUAUUAGAAUUUUACUAAGUACUGGAAAUAAUGCUGACUUAACUUAUGGCCAUAUGUUGGUACUCAUGCAGCUUGGUUGGCCUCAAGAAGAGGCAAUAUUUAUCCAUAUUUUAGAUGUAAUCAAACAAAAAGGAGUUUUUCAUUACCAUCUUUUUUCCGCCUAUAUAAUUCACAUUGAUUUUUUGGAAGAACUAAGUUUUAUUUGGAAUGAACAAGGUAAAAAUAUUGCUUUAGAUAUACUUCCAAAUUCUCAACAACAUUUGGGGCAAAGAAGAAUCGGUACUCGUGGUGCUGAUAAAGGUGUAAAAGAGGACUUUAAACAGGCUAUGAAAGCUCAAGUUGCACGAUGUAAUGAAUCUAUACUAAAUUUAAUAAUACAAUUUAUUACUUCUGAAAGAUCCUACCUUUUGCAGAUCCUAUAA